GUAGAGCAGUUGAGACCGGCAGAAAAUCUCCAACACCUCUCUAGACAGUUCCGGCCAAAACUAUGCCAGCAGUUGAUCCGCUCUGCUCUGCUCUGCCGCCGUUGCCGCCGCUAGUCCGAGUACGAGUACUGAGAUGAUCCCGACGACGCGGCUGCUCAGCUGCUGCUACUUGCUGUCGUUCAUCUUCAUCGCCGUCGCCCCGCGUGCGAUCGAUUCCAAGCUGGUGACCAGCCUCCCCGGCUUCGACGGCCGCCUCCCCUUCCGCCUCCACACUGGGUACGUGGAGGUGGACCAGGGCACGGAGCUCUUCUACUACUUCGUCGAGUCGGAGGCCGGCGGCGAGGGGGUACCUUUCCUUCUCUGGCUCACCGGCGGCGACCGCUGCUCCGCCUUCAGCGGCCUCGCCUACGAGAUCGGUCCCGUCAGGUUCGUCCUGGAGCCCUACAAUGGCAGCUUACCACGCCUGCACAUCAACCCAAACUCAUGGACAAAGGUGGCACACAUCCUGUUCGUCGAUUCGCCGGUCGGUGCUGGAUUUUCCUUUGCCAAGCAACCCAAGGGGUACGAGGUCGGGGAUGUGUCCUCCUCAUUGCAGCUCCAUGACUUCCUCAUCAAGUGGUUCAGCGACCACCCCAAAUACCUGAAAAAUCCUUUCUAUAUCGGUGGAGAUUCCUAUGCCGGAAAACUUGUGCCAUAUAUCGCACACAUCAUUUCACAAGGUAUUGAAGCAGGAAAUAGUCCCCGCAUUAAUCUUAAGGGAUAUCUAGUAGGCAACCCAUCGACUGGUGAAAGCAUCGAUAUAAGCUCUAAAGUGCCAUAUGCUCACGGAGUUGGUAUAAUAUCAGAUCAAUUGUAUGAGACCAUAUUGGGCCAUUGCCAAGGACAGGACUACAUGUUCCCGACAAAUGAUUUGUGCGCCCAAGCUCUGGAUGAUUUCAAUCAUCUUUUGUCCGAAGUUCAGCAGGCCCAGAUUUUGCUGGACACCUGCGUUUUUGCGUCCACUCCAGCCCGGCCAGAAGCUGAUAGUGGGACCGAGUACUCGGGUGGCGCUGGUAGGAGGAUCCUAGUUGGAAAUCCGCCACCUCGCCCUCCAUUUGGAUGUGUUACUUAUGGGUACUACCUAUCGUAUUUCUGGGCAAACGCGGAGGUGACCCGAAAUGCUCUUGGGAUCAAGGAGGGGAGCGUGGAGGAGUGGGUGAGGUGCCACAACGGCGAUCUGCCCUACACAAUCGACCUCAGGAGCAGCAUUGAGUACCACCGGAACGUCACGGCCAAUGGUGGCUACCGUGCGCUUGUAUACAGCGGCGACCAUGACGCAUUGGUGCCGCACCUGGGGACACAGGCGUGGAUCAGGUCACUUGGCUUCCCCGUGGCACACCAUUGGAGGGCGUGGCAUCUCCAUGGCCAGUCUGCUGGGUUCACCUUAACUUACUCCAACAACAUGACAUUCACAACCAUUAAGGGUGGCGGGCACACCGCGCCGGAGUACGAGCCCGAGAGGUGCUUCGCCAUGUUCAGCCGAUGGAUACUCGGCGAACCACUCUAGUACUCCUAACAGCAACAACCAAGUAGAGAAGGGGGCAAGCCUCACGAUUUCAAGUAUUGGGUACCUCUCCACUCCACUAAUCAAUGGUUUCGCCUACAUAUGAACUAUACUGCCUGGCAGUGUAGAUCGUACUAGAACAUAUAGGCGUCUGAUGCCGCGUCCGUCUAUAUUGGAGAAAAACACUUAAUAUAUUUUAGAAAGAAAAUACGGAUACUACAAAUAUCUUGUUAAGUAUGGUAUAGAUAUAUGCGACAAGGAAAAUUCUAGGAAGAUACAAUAAAUCUGCAUUUUGGUGCAGCAGACAAAGAUUUUACAAAUGCAAGGUUCAGAGGGAUCACACUGAUGCUAUUGCUAUACAAAUUGUCGUCAUGUUUACA